AUGGAUGCUGACCACAGGGAAGGAAAUGCACUUCCAGUAAUAGCCACACACAAAGCAUCUAUUGUGUUCAUUUAUAACACCCAGGUCGCAGCCCUGCCACAGCUGAAAGCAAGUACUGGUGUACUCCAGUUCCAUCUGGCAGAUAAUGCCGGGGGCAUCAAAUUUAUAGUAGAGGAUGGACCCGUGGCAGCGGUAAGACUCAUUAAUUUUCUCAAGUUCUCCGUCGAGCUCGAAGAAGAAUGUCUUGGCCAGCCAGGCUUGGAUGAGCUUGUUAGGCACUAUGUACGCAAAUUCCUGGAGCGAAUCAAGGGCGCGGAUGUCGUCAAGCUCAGGGGCUUUUCCGGGAAUCUACUGGUCCAGUCAGUAUAUGCUCCCUUUGACGCCGGCAGGCACAGUGUCCAGUGCGUCCUGCCACCCUCGCUAAUCAUCAACAGCCGGGGAGUGGAGAAACGUCUGGAGGGCGCGGUCAAUGAACCCGUCACACAGCCAGUGACGGCCCGGCUCUGCUGUCCGGGGUGCUUCGUCAACGGCAUAGCCAGUCCCAAUACUAAUGACAAGGUCCAGCUGUUUACAGGCAGGCCAGAUAAUCUCACUCUCAUGAAGGGCGGUCCGCAGGGGACAGUUAGCCCUGACGCCGCCGUCCUGAAAAGUGCCGAUUCUGGGGAGAUACUUGGGCGCACAGCCAGCACCAUGAUAGUUGCAGAAGAGGCCAAGCAAGCCAUUAUUAUUGACCUGACUAGCGGCCAGAGCCACACAGAUGCCAGAGACAAGCAGGGCGGCGGGGCUGAACAACCGGCGUGCGGGAUUAAAGGCCUGCUGCAGUGCCUUAUCAAGGGUAUUGAAGUCAUGGCAGCUGUUAGACAUCCAGGUGGUCAGAAAGUCCCACGUCUGCGCCAGGAUCGUCUGCUGCAGGGGCCAAGGUUGGAAGAUCUGCUGUGCAAGAGCCCUAAACUUAGCAUAGGCCACAGCUGCAGGCCUUCCAAGGUCGAUGAUCUCAGACACAAUUACCGCGCCUGCGGCAAAGGAAUUGGCCUCGCGAAGUCCUUGGGAGCCGCCAAUGCACUCCUCAAGGGCCACGAGGAAUCCCAAGGUAACAACGCCGCGAACGCCACCGCCGUCAAGGGCGAGAAUGGGCACGCGGUCACACAAGUCCAGCACGCGCACAGAGGCAACCAGGCUUGGGACAGCGACCGCUCGCAGGGUGCUCUCCACAGUCUCCGAGUGAUCGGCCACAACUUGCGGAUCGGUCAAGACCAUAAUAAGCCGCAGCCGCGCAAUGGGAGUUGGUUCAAGACUAUCACAGGACAGCGCUGCGCUCCAUGCAGCGAAGAGGUUCUUAACUUAAGAGAUGCUGCCGACGUCAUCCACAAAGAGCGUCCAGGUAUCAGUGCGAGGGAGGAGAAGGCAGCGGUAGAGCAGACCUUGGAUCUCCUGGUAGGGCCAGCUGGUGCUGUUCUGGAUAUAGUAGCGGCGAAGCAGGGCCCCUGA